AUGAGUGUGCGCGUUGUUGCCAGGAUCCGGCCUCUACUAAAAGCAGAAAUCGAGCGCGAUGUCAUUGUGGAAGCGGUAGCCGGCGAGGCAGAGGAGAAAAGGAGUAUUGUCAGGAUACCGAAUCCGAAGAAGGAGAGCGAGGCCUAUUCGUUCCAGUUCAGCAGUGUAUAUGACCAGGAAGCGACACAGGCGCAACUUUUCGACAAUGAGGUCUCACCCACAGUCAAGCACUUGUUCAAGGGCUUCGAUGUCACUCUCUUCGCAUAUGGAGUCACGGGAACUGGAAAGACAUAUACCAUGCGUGGUGGGAAGUCUUUGGCAGAGCGAGGUGUGAUUCCGCGCCUACUAUCGAGCAUUUAUCGGCGAGCACGUAAAGUGGAGAAGGAUACAGCAGGGGACACGCAGGUGGAGGUGAUGAUGAGCUACUACGAGAUUUACAACGACCGGGUAUUCGAUCUCUUCGAGCCGCCGGAGAAGCGAACGGCCGCUGGACUGCCCAUCCGGGAUGUGGGCAACGGGAAAACGCAGGUCGUAGGCUUGACCGACAGGCCGUGCACGUCUCUGAAAGAGUUCGAGGAGCUGUACGAUGAGGCCAACGUCAACAGGUCUACCUCGGCCACUAAGCUAAAUGCGCAUUCUUCGCGGUCGCAUGCCAUACUAUGCGUCAAGGUUACUCAAAUUACAGGCGACGAAACACGAAUAAGCACUGCAUCGGCAAUUGACCUUGCUGGCUCCGAGGACAACAGACGGACAGACAACAUGGGUUACCGUAUGGUCGAGAGUGCGAGUAUCAACAAGUCGCUCUUCGUUCUGGCACAAUGCGUCGAAGCUAUCAGCAAGAAGCAAGCUCGGAUACCGUAUCGCGAGAGCAAGAUGACACGAAUAUUGUCACUGGGCCAAAACAAUGGUUAUACUGUCAUGAUUCUCAACCUGGCACCUGUGCGAAGCUACCACCUGGACACUUUGAGCAGCCUCAACUUUGCGAAUCGGACGAAGAAGAUUGAAGUCAACGAGAUCGAGAAUCAACCUAUCUAUCGUGAGGCGGCUAGCAAGAAUAAACUAGAUGGUGAGAAGCAUGCGUCACAGGACAUGCCUUCGUUACAUAGACAACCGCUACGACCGAAGAUACUGUCUCAUAACAGCCAUCUCAAGGACGUCACGACUAACGGGCCCAAGCCAACCAAGCAGUUUGCGGUGUACUCCGACAAGCCGAAGCAAGCUGCCAGGCCAGCCCCACAGGCAAACAUCAGCCAAGCACGGUCUACUGCAAUACCACACAAGUCACCUAAGCGGACAAGUAGCGAGGCAGUGCCAACGCUUGGCAGACCCAGCAAGAUGCUGCGCAUGAAUGAUGCCAUGAGGUUGGCGAAGGCUGUCGAGCCAGGUCUGAGCAAAGGUACUAUAGAGGCCAUGAUUGAGCGAAAAGUCAUGGAAGCUCUGGAACAACGUGCCGAUCAAACCACCGUCUGCAAUGGCGACCCGAUCUCAGGAGAAGUCCAGAGGCGACUGAAUGCUCUGGAGAAGCGUGUGGAAGGCAAAGAAACCGAGCGAGCAGAGGGAUUGCAGUAUCUGCUCAUGGCAAAGCAGCAUCAGGUCCGUGGCGAGGAAGCCAGUGCGCUCAAGAUGUAUCAGCUUGCUUUACCGCACUUUCCAGGCAACGAGAAGCUCGUGCGAAAGAUGUCAGCGCUGCAGGAUCGCAUCUCGGCGAAGAAAGCUGAGAAGCGUACUUCAGUGGCAGGUGGCGUAGCACUGCCAGUCGUAGCCUCACUCAACGACGAUGAGCCUGCCAACCAACCAGCACCUCGACGGAGGCACAACGCGGACGAGGAUGACAGCUAUCACGAGGCUCACGACACCGCACCAACCUAUGAUGAAGACGACGAAUUCAUGUACCGCCCUCGGACCAAGAUCCGUCAACGUCCACAGACUAAUAAGCGUGCCACGACUGCUCCUCUCCUCGACACCAGCGCAAAACACUCCCCACCACCCGAAGACGACGAUGGUCAAGUCUCAAACUCAGAAGACGAGCUGGCAACAGCUCUCGUUGCACAGACUCCACGGACAAAACACAUUUUACACAUCAUCAACACGAAAGAUGUCAGUCAGAUCAAGCUGCUGAAGGGCGUCGGGGCCAAGAAAGCAGAAGCGAUUGUGAAUUGUCUCUGUGAUCUAGAUGAUGAUGCGGGUGUGACUAGUCUUUCCGAGCUCGGGAAGAUGAGAGGUGUGGGUGUGAAAACGGUGGAGAAUAUGCGGCUAGGGCUGGAUAGGAUGGUUGUGUGA